AUGGAUUUGAAAGUUACUAAUCAUGAACUAGACCCCAAUUCAGACAAAAUACUAUUGCCAUCCAAUGUUUUAUCGGUGAUAGUCGAUGAACAUGGUGAGAGCUUACCGCAUCCAUUGAUUUUCAAAUUGAGUCACGGUAAUAAACAUUGUUUUGUAGGAGUGAAACAAUUCUCAUCUCCAGAUGAUACUAUUUGUUUGCCACAGAUAAUUCAAGAAAAAUUAGCAGUGGAAGAUGGAGAUUCAUUGGAAGUGGAGCUAUCAUUGAACAUUCCCAAAGGUACUAGUCUUUCCUUGAAACCUUUGCAGUUUUAUCCCGAAAUCAAUAAUUGGAAGUAUUAUCUUGAAUCAAAUCUUACUCAAUCAUACACUGUUUUAACCAAGGGAGAUAAAUUGGUAUUGAAUAAUUAUGAGUUCCUGGUUGAAGAUUGUAACGCAGACACCAUAAGCGUCAUUGAUACUGAUAUAGUGUUGGAUAUAAUACCGUUAAACGAUAUAAUGGCUCAACAACAAUUGAAUUUCAAUGUAGAUAAGUUUAUGGAAAUUGGAACGGGAAACUUGGAUGUGAAAUUAGUUCCAUUUAGUGUUGAUUCCAAUGUUAGUAUAUUUAAGUUAGAUCUUAUGAACAUAACAGAAGAUUUGGUCAUAAGCUUUUCCACCAAUGAAGAUUAUGAGAAUGUAGAUUUACUAAUUGGGUUGGAAAAGUUGAUAAAUUUAGAGAAUUUCAUGUUCACCACCAUGGAUAGAGAAACAAAGGAAGUAAGGGUUCCUUAUAAUGUGAUUGAAGAGGUUAAAAAUAAGUGUAAAUAUGAUUUAGAUCAAGGUUUCGAGAUUGAUGAAAUUGCUAAAUGGUUAUAUAUUGUACCAUUUGCUUGGGAGUUUAAUAGUGAAAUAGUUUUGAAAGUUUCACAGAGUAACGAUACAGUUAUGGAAAUAGAUCAUCCACAAUCUGAUUCCAAACAAUGUGGUAAUUGUAAGAAAUUCAUCACCAGAGAUAAAAUAUCUCUUCAUGAAGUAUUUUGUUAUAAGAACAAUAUUCUUUGUGAAUGUGGAGAAAUCUUCCUCAGAGCCAUUCCCAAAGAUCAUUAUCAUUGCCCAUUAUGUUUGAAAACAUCUAAAUCAUCAUUGUUCAAAUUCAAACAUGAAAAAUUGAACCAUCAACAGUUUCAAUGCCAGGAAUGUGAAGAUGGAACGAUUUAUGAUAGUCACGUUGAAUUUAUAAUCACUCAUAAACCUCAAUGUCCUCACAAACUUCAUGAAUGUAAGUUUUGUCACUUAGUGGAAAAGCAAGGUAAAGCAACUUAUAUUGAUAAUUUCGAAGGGUUGACUAAUCAUGAGAAUAAUUGUGGGAAUAAAACCGAUGAAUGUUUCAAGUGUAAUAAACUAGUGAAAAGGAAAGAUAUGCGUAAACAUGUCAAGUUACAUCAAUUAGAUACCAAAUCUUCAAAUGACAUUUUUAAAAUAACGUACAAUAAGUGUUGCAAUGAAAAUUGUGUUAACUUGAUAAAUAUACCCAACGAUCUCAAACUAUGUGAUAUUUGCUAUGGACCAUUAUAUAGCACCUUGAAUGAUCCUACAAAUAUAAAGUUACAACUGAGAAUAGAAAGAAAGUACAUGUUACAACUAUCCAAAGGAUGUGAAUUCACCAAUUGCCAAAAUAUUUAUUGUAAGCGGAAGACUACAUUAAGUGGAGUUAAAGAGAUAAUGAAAUUCAUAAAUGAAGAAUUAUUCACUUACAUAACAACUCCUAACUUACCUAUCAAUAAAUCAAGAGACACCAAACCCAAUAAAGUAUGGUUCUGUGUUAAUGAUGUCACCAAUAAUAAGAUGAUAUUAUCACAAUCAUUCAAGGAAUAUCCUCCAGAAAUGGUAAUCAAAGGAUUAAAUGAGAUAAAAGAAAUUAAUACCGAGACCUUAUCACAAUGGUUAUCACAAAAUUCAUUAUAG